AUGGUCAAUCGUCAACGAAAGUUGCUUCGAACUCGGACGUCUACGACCCGUGUGAUCGUGUCCACUGAAUUAGCGAACAAGGGUCUUUUUGGUGAUGUGCUGCAGGCACGCUCUGAAAACGUGACGGUGUCAGUGAAUAAAAAGGAGAAGAUUAGCUGUGUCUUGACUUUUCGCGAGCGAGAGAUAAUCGACGAAGAUGAUGAGGCAGAUGAAGGCACAGCGGCCAUCAACUACGAGGAGAAUACCCCCAUGAAGCAGAGACUCCCGGGAAGGUUGACAUCGCAAGGCAACGCACCGCUCACACGAACGCUGGACCCAUUUCUCGGCCCACCACUCUCCAGCAUGAUCCACUCGACCAGCGAAGCGUUGUACUCCUUAGGCAUCAGAUUCCACUUCAAAGUCGGUCGCCGUCCUGUACCAGCACUAUUCGACUCCUUCGAAUGGUUCUCUUUAUAUUGCAGGGAGCCCAUCGCCUUCCACGGCUUCAAUAUAGCCGCUGCAAUGUACCACGACAUAUCCUCGAAGACGGUACUCUGGUCGAGUUGCACCGAAGUUGUCGCUCAUCGAGGAUCACUGAUAGGCCUGAUGAGAAGUUUGAUCGAGGACCUGGACGAUGCACGGGUAGAGCUUGCCAUGUGGGGAAUCAUGACCCUCGUUAUAACGACCCUGCAAUCUAGCAAAAGAAACUCAUGCAUGGAUCAAGGCCUGCUUCUCUUGCCUCACAUGCCCGCGUAUAGCUUCGACAACGUCUUUGGACGAACCCCAAUCGGACCCGAGCCAGUCAAAGCGCUGGCACAGCUCGUCCAUCGUAGAGGCGGAUUAUCAGGGAUCCGACUCCCAGGGCUCGCGUUAUGCUCUACUCGCGUCGACGUGCGACGGGCCAGCCAAGCCGGCACGAAACCCUUCCUGCCUUGUCUCGGCAUUCUACACGAUGAUGUCCUCCUCGCUUGCAUCGAAGUCCAAACGCAGACGCAACCUGGGCGAGGCUUCUCGACGUUUAUUCCAGGUGGCCUCCCGACGGAUCUUCACGAAACGCUCAUAUUUCUCUGCAGCAUCGACGUGCUUAUGAGUCGGCAUUACGAGCCGGAAGUUUUUCCUAGCUACGACGAAGUCCAUCUCGUCCACGCUCGGGACCUAGCGCAUCACAGGAUCCUCUCGGUCGAGCCUUGGGAACCAGUGGCCGUCGAGGAGCGAGGUGCUUGUUCGCGGAAGAUAUGCGAAUGCUGUCGCCUGACGGCUCGGCUCUACUCAACGGCGGUGCUUUGGGGUAUGCCGACCGAUACAGGAUGGCAUCAUAGAAUCGUGCAGGAGGUGGAGAGGAUACUCGAGCAGUCGGACUUUCGCUGUUGGCCGCAUACGGAGUGGGAGGUUUUGUUGUGGGUUUUGGUUGUUAAUGGGAUUGCGGCUUGUGGGUCGAAGAGGAGGGGGUUCUUUGAGAGCGGGUUGGAUGUUGUGAUGAAGAGGGCGGGAGUUACUUCGCUCAGGCAUUUGAAGGAGGUCGUGGGGGCUUUUUUGUGGUCUGAGAAUGCUUGUGGUGGGGGGAUUGCGAGGUUGUGGGAUGCUGUGAAGAGCAACGAAUUUGUUAGAUGCUGA